AAUAUUAACCAGGGGUUGGGGGACUUGCAGUGUUGCACACAAAGUGAGCUGUCCAGUAGUACAUUCACCGUUGCUGUCUUUUUCUCCAUUAUUUUUGGAUAUCGCGGCUUCCCUCCCUUUCCCAUUUAGAUUUGGCGGAGACCCCAAGGAUGGUACUGCACUUCACACUGUUCCUGCUGCUCUCCCUCUGUAGUCAAGGAAUGAUGGAUGAAGCUGCACCAUCUUCUCCUUCCUCAACACCCCCAGGAGGAGAGGAAGGUGAGUGUGGAGAGGUCUUCUCCCCGGAGUCCAGCCAGAGGGCAGUGGGGGCGUCUCUCACCAAACUGGGUCUCAAGCUGCUGGAGCACCUCAAGCCAAGUCCAGAGCAACCCAAUGUACUCAUAUCCCCUCUCAGCAUCGCUUUAGCACUCUCACAGCUAGCUCUGGGGGCACGAAACGAAACACGAGCACGGCUCCUGGAGGCCCUCCAUGCCACAGACCUGCCCUGCUACCACCAGCUCCUCAGUGGGCUCAAACAGCACCUCAACACCAUGGCCAUUCAAGUGGCCUCGCGGCUGUACCUGCGCCCAGGUUUCGAGGUGAAGAAGGAGUUUGUGCAGGAGUCCUUACGCCUGUACAGUUCAGAGCCUGCUCCACUGACCGGCGUGGAGGAAGUCAACCAGUGGGUGGAGAAGGUCACGCAGGGUCACAUGACCAACUUCCUUCCUAGCAUACCUCCAAGUGUAGUUCUGCUGCUCCUGAACGCACUCUACUUCAAAGGGGAAUGGGAAUCCCGUUUUGACAAGGAGCUCACUGGCAAAGACCGGUUCUACAUCAACAGCACCGCGUCUGUAGAGGUAGUCAUGAUGUUGGCCCCCAAGUACCCACUGAGUAUGCUCGUCGACAAUGAGCUAGGGGCCCAGGUGGCUCGAUUCAGAUUCCAGAACAACACCAGCUUCCUGGUGGUGAUGCCCACGGGCACAGGGCAGGACAAUGUGUCCACAGUGGCGGCGAAGCUGAACAUCUCGGAUCUGUACGCUCGUCUGCCGAGUGAGAGCACCAUGCAGGUCAAACUGCCCAAGUUCAAGCUGGAGUACAAACAGGAACUGCAGGACCCUCUGACCAGCAUCGGUCUGGGUUCGCUGUUCUCCUCUCCGGACCUGUCUGGCAUCACAGAAGGGCCCCUCCAGGUGUCCAGUGUGCAGCACGCCUCGGCCAUCACCCUGAGUGAGGAGGGUGCGGAGGCCUCGGCCGCCACCGCCAUCCACCUCCUCCGCUCCGUGCCUAUGUUCGCCGUCAACAUGCCCUUCCUCUUCGCCCUGACCGACGACGCCACGCACGUGCCCCUCUUCCUGGGCGUCAUCACCAACCCCAACCCCCAGAGCCCCGUUGCCCAAUGAUGCGGGGCGCCCACGAAGGGAAGACAGGGAGCAGGGAGGAAAAGGAUAGGACAUUGGCCACCCCCCAGAAAGCCAAUCACCCCCUUCCCCACUCACAAACAAACAAAGGCUUCAGUCAUAUACAGUCCAUUCGGGAAGUAUUCAGACCACUGACAAUUCAUUUUUUUUAUUUUGAAUACAAAACAAUUUUCAGUUUUCCCUCUCAUUGUGUGGAAUUUGAUGUAGAUUGGUGAUGGGUAAAGGUUAAUUCCAAUGAUUUAAGCACAAGGCUCCAACAUAACAAAACGUAAAAAAAAAGGUGAAGUGUUCUGAAUGCUUUCUGAAUGUCCUGUCUGCUUUGCCCCUCUUGAAAAAGGACUGUUCUCUGUAGUCACACACACACACCCCGGUGGAAACAGAUGGACCUGUUUGACAAAGACAACAAAAAUCUCUUUUGAGAAACAGACUCCAAAUUCUCGAUCUCCCAUCAUGUCUGUUGUUACCUCUUUGUGCAGUGUGUGUUUGUUGAGCGCUGAUAUGUACCUGAUUUGGCCCAGCUAAUUUAAUGAUGCAUUUUGUUCUAAUGUGUAUUAUUUGGUUCUUUAUUGCUUCAGAGAAUGUGUUUUUUUAAACCUGGUGACAUUUCCUUCUCUAAAAUAGUGUCUCAAGGUGAAUGAUGAAAGGUGAAUUAUGUGGCUGUAUUAAAAAAGAAAUUAAUUUUA